UCCCAUUUCUCUCUCCCUCUCUCCCUCUCUCUCUCCUUUGGCAACUCUAUCUCUACCCUGCAAAUAUCUCUCGCGCUCGAUCUCUAACCUUCCGUAUCUCUCAGGACCCAAAACCAGAAGGAUGGGUUUUGAGAAAGAAGCCAGCUGCUCCUCCCACGCCCUACCAGAGGUGGACCCCACCACCCUCCCCUUCAUUCCCAAGCCCCAAAUCCUCUCCUCCGUCCCCAAGACCUUCGCCAACGUCUUCAUCGCCAUCGUCGGUGCCGGCGUCCUCGGCCUCCCAUACACCUUCAAAAAGACUGGCUGGGUGCUCGGCAUCCUCAUGAUCGCCAUCGUCGCCUUCUUCACCUACCACUGCAUGAUGCUCCUCGUCCACACCCGCCGCCGUCUCGAGCACUCCGACGACGUCUCCUUCUCCAAAAUCUCCUCUUUUGGCGAUCUCGGCUUCGCUGUCUGCGGCCACACCGGCAGGUUCUCCGUUGACAUCAUGAUCGUCCUCAGCCAGGCUGGUUUCUGCGUCAGCUACGCCAUCUUCGUCGCCAACACGCUCGCCAACCUCUUCAAUUUGCCCCCAAUUCUUGGAUUCUCACCGAAAACCGUCUUCAUCUGGGGGAUCUUCCCAUUCCAAUUGGGCCUGAAUUCCAUCCCGACACUAACCCACCUCGCCCCUCUCAGCAUCUUCGCCGAUGUUGUCGACAUCGGGGCGAUGGGUGUCGUCAUGGUUGAGGAUAUUGCCGUCUUCCUCAGGGACAGGCCGCAAUUGCAGGCGUUUGGGGGACUCUCUGUCAUCUUCUACGGACUCGGUGUGGCGGUCUAUGCAUUUGAAGGGAUUGGGAUGGUGCUGCCACUGGAGUCUGAGACGGCUGACAAGGCGAAAUUCGGUAAGAUCUUGGCCGUUUCCAUGGCUUUCAUUGCUUUGAUGUAUGGCUCUUUUGGGGCACUUGGGUACUUAGCAUUUGGCGCAGAAACCAAUGACAUCAUCACCACCAACUUCGGUAGUGGUCUGGUUAGUACUCUGGUCCAAUUGGGGUUGUCCAUAAACCUGUUUUUCACAUUCCCUUUGAUGAUGAAUCCAGUCCAUGAGGUGUUUGAGAGAAGGUUCUGGGGUGGGAGGUUUUGCCUCUGGCUGAGGUGGAUUGUGGUUUUGGGAGUGUGUUUGGUUGCGCUUUCGGUUCCCAAUUUCGCCGAUUUCCUGUCAUUGGUGGGGAGCAGUGUUUGUAUUGUGUUGGGGUUUGUUCUGCCUUCUUUGUUCCAUCUGAUUGUUUUCAAGGAGGAGUUGGGUUGGAGAGGGGUGAGUUUGGAUGUGGCAAUUGUGAUUUUGGGGGCGGCUUUUGCAGUUUCUGGAACCGUGUCUUCCCUAAUGGAGAUAUUCUCUGUUAAGGUAUGAUUGGUGGUUGUUUGGAUGGGUUGUAAUGGGAUUUGAUUAUGACAAUUGUAAAGAGAUGGGCUGUUUGGGUGAUGGAUGUGAUUUUGCCUUACAUCCAGUAAUUGUAUUUUUUGGAAGUAAAAUAAGACUGUAUUUUAUAGUUGAA